AGGAAAUCAAGUCAACUUUAUUUCAACUGACUAUCGUCAGUCAGUGUCACCUGCGGGACUGCUGUCGCUCCCUCUGGAUUAUAAUCCCACUCGGAUUAAAAUUGUUCAUUAAAGUUGUUAAAGUGUAAUGACGCGCCCGUGUCGCGUCAUGACGUACUCCGGGUAAAGUGGAUGGAUCGGUAGCUCAGCAUGGCGCAGUGAUGUGCACAAGUGAAGCGAACUGAGGAGGACUGUCACUCAAAGAGAACUCUUCACCUGACCGACCGAAACAGACGCCACCAUGGCCGGAGACGACCACUACCUACACACUCCCAACCAGAUGUUUGAUAACAUCAUGAUGGACUCGUCAUGGGAGUUUCCACAUUUUGCGAUGCCUCAGACGUCUCUGCGGACAGGUGAGAGUCCUGCAGUGGACGGACCGUUCCUGCAGAUCGUGGAGCAGCCCAAACAGCGUGGCUUCAGGUUCAGGUACGGCUGCGAGGGGCCGUCUCACGGCGGUCUGCCGGGGGCCACCAGCGAGAAGAACAGGAAGACCUACCCCACCGUAAAGAUCUGUAACUACCAGGGUCAGGCCCGGGUGGUGGUCCAGCUGGUGACGGCGCUGACCGCCGUCCCUCACCUGCACGCUCACAGUCUGGUGGGAAAACAGUGCGAUAAAGGAAUCUGCAUCGCUGACCUGCAGUCCAAAGACUCCACCAUCAGUUUCCCGAACCUGGGGAUCCUCCACGUGACGAAGAAGAAUGUGGCAAAGACUCUGGAGGAGCGGAUGAUCGAGGCCUUUAAGCUGGGAUACAACUGCGGGGUCUCCAUCCACCCCGACAUCGACAGUGUUCAGGGGGAGGUCAGAGUCCCCCGAGAAAUCACAGAGCACCACCUCAGUGUGAUCAGAACUGCUGCCUCUUCUCAGGCCAAAGAGAUGGACCUCAGCGUGGUUCGGCUCAUGUUCACGGCGUUCCUCCCCGACAGCGACGGCGGCUUCUCCAGGCGGCUCGAGCCCGUGGUGUCCGAGCCGAUCUACGACAGCAAGGCUCCGAACGCCUCCAACCUGAAGAUCGUGAGGAUGGAUCGGACCGCCGGCUGCGUGACCGGAGGAGAGGAGGUCUACCUGCUCUGCGACAAAGUCCAGAAAGAUGACAUCCAGGUUCGGUUCUAUGAGGAGGAUGACUCGGGUCUCACCUGGGAGGCUCUGGGAGACUUCUCCCCCACAGACGUUCACAGACAGUUCGCCAUUGUAUUUAAGACGCCGAAGUAUCGAGACCAGAACCUGCAGAAACCGACGUCUGUGUUCGUCCAGCUGAAGAGGAAGUCUGACAACGAGACCAGCGAGCCUAAACCCUUCACCUACCACCCCCAGAUAUUAGACAAAGAGGAGGUGCAGAGGAAGAGGCAGAAGACUUUACCCAACUUCCAGGACUUCAGUGGUCAUGGAGGAGGAGGUCUAUACAGAGGAGGAGGGGGAGGUCCGGCUGCUGGAGGAGGACCUGGAUCCACAGGAUACCCAGGAUACCAGGGCUUCACUACCUACAACUAUGGAGGAGGAGGUGGAGGAGGAGGAGGUUUCUCCACAGGGUACUCAGCGGGUCUGGGAGGAGGUGGAGGAGGGAUCAAACACGCCUCUCAGAGCGGCGCCGCAGACAACGACGGGGACGACAACGACCCGGACGACGACUCGCCAUCAGGAGCCGUGCUGCGAGCUCCAGCCCGGCCCGAAGCCGUGGAGGUCAGGGAGAGGAGCGAGGAGGGAGGGGUCAGUGUGGAGCCUGAAGCAGAGAGAGAGUUCGACGCCAAGGAGCAGCUGGAUCAGGUGAUCAACAGACUGCUGGAGGCCAUCUUUCAGUACUCGGUUACGGCUGACUCGGCGUACCUGCUGGCUCCACAGCGCUCCCUGAUGGCCGUGCAGGAUGUAAACGGAGACACCGGGCUCCAUUUGGCUGUUCUCCACAACCAGCAGGAGGCGCUGAAGAGUGUGACGCAGGUGGUGUCUGCCCUGCCCGGAGAGGAGGUGCUCAACAUGAGGAACCGCCUGUACCAGACUCCUUUGCACCUGGCCGUUAUCACGCAGCAGAAGGAGGCAGUGGAAGCGCUGCUGCUGGCUGGCGCCGACCCGACGCUGACGGAUCGUCACGGCAACACAGUGCUGCACCUGGCAGCUCAGCAUGAGGGAGAAGGGAUGAUCCAGUUUUUACUGCAACACAGAGAGCUGAGAGAGCUGCUGGACCAAACCAACACAGCAGGUCUGUGUGCGAUCCACCUGGCGGUUCUGGUCAACCAGCUGUUUUCUCUCAGGGAACUGCUGGAGGGCGGGGCCAAUGUAGAGGUCCAGGAACGCAGCUGUGGUCGAACGGCCCUCCAUCUCGCCACCGAGACUGACAACGUAUCGCUGGCGGGCUGCCUGCUGCUGGAGGGAAACGCCAGGGUGGACUGCUGCACUUUUAAUGGCUCCACCCCCCUCCACAUCGCUGCGGGUCGAGGCUCUGUCAAGCUCACGGCUCUCCUCAUGGCUGCAGGUGCAGACCCACAGAAGGAGAACUUUGAGCCACUGUUCUUCAGGGAGGAGGAUGAGGAGGAGAGCUGUGAAAAGGAGAGCGAAGAUGAGGAAGAAGAUGAAGGGUACAUCCCAGGGACAACUCCCUUCAACAUGGCUGCCACCCCUCAGGUUUGGGAUCUUCUGAACGGCAAAGAAUACAAACCAAAAACACCUCAAACGGCCUUCGUCCCUCCUCAAGGCGACCUGGCGAGCCUGGACACAGAGGUGAAGCAGGCGCUGUGUGGCACUCUGGAGAGUGAAGGAUGCUGGGAGAAUCUGGCUCACAGUCUGGGUCUCGGGAUCCUCAACACGGCCUUCAGGCUGAGCCCCUCCCCCGCUAAAACCCUGCUGGACAGCUACGAGGUUUCCGGUGGAACGAUCAGGGAGCUGCUGGCUGCUCUGAGGUCAGUCGGCGAGUGCAGAGCGCUGAGCGUCCUGGAGGAGGCGCUGCACGAGAGCGAGGAAGCGCCAGCCACCAGCGCAAUGAGUGGCGAGCUUCUGUGCGCUCGGGUUCAGGAACUGAAAGUGGACACUCGAAUCGACAGCGGGGUCUGCGACAGUGGGGUGGAGCUUUCCACGGCGUAAUGAUCUGAUCGGUCCACCUCCAGCUGAGUCCAUCCAUCCACCCGUCGUCCCUCGACUCGCUCUGGACCGAGUGCGACGCUCGUCCUCGUGAUGGGUUCAGGGCUGAAAGUUUCUCUGAGCUUUUUAAACCAGUUUGUAAAAAAAAAAAGGGUCAAAAGAAAACUUGAUUGUAGCGCGUGAAAACAGUCAAACUCAACUUUUACUUUUUUUGUUUUGUUUUGUUUUUUUUGGCCACGACACUCCAGCAAAGAUGGGAUGGGGAGCAGCUUCUGUUCCCGCGGAGCCAAUAAAGGAAAAACAUACCAAAAAUCCCCCCCCGCCUUGGUAAGCUGACGUCUCCUCCUGAGGCGCGCUCUGUUUUCUGUGGAUUCGAUGGUAAAGUUGUGGAUUUGGGGGGUUUUCUGUUCACUUCAACCGCUGAACGCUUCGCACAGUUUGUUCUUUCUGCAGCCGCCUGCAGAGAAAAGGUGCUACGAAACUGAAACGAUUGUAAAGGAUCAGAUGUUCUGUAAUCUGUUACUCAUCUGGUGUUAAUCAGAGGGCAGAAACGCGCUGUGAUGACACUUCAGAUUAGAGAGAGGUUUACCACAAUGGCGAUGAAACUGACCUCUCAUGGGUUGAUAACUUUAGUCCACCUGCCACAGCCAUUGUACGAUGUGAGGAUCUUAAUCUUAUUUUUUCUGUUGGUUUACAGCUACAGUUUACUCGCACAGGUGUUCCUAAUAAAGUGGUCACUUUGGGCAGCAUGAGCAGACUCUUCACGGACCCCCUCGACAUCUGAAACUCCUCCGGGCGCUUUUUUUUAAAGUAUUAUUUACUCUCUAAAAUUUCAAUGACGAUAUGUUUUCCUCUCGUGACGUCAUCAUGAACUGAACCUGGUUUUUAUUUUGUGUUUUUAUUCUGUGGCACGAGUGCUGAGGGGAAACUCAGAGAAACGAAAUGUAAGGCAUUGUGGGAAAGGUAGUCCAGAGCUGUGGGUAGCUGCUGUUCCUGUUUCUGUAAUCCAGCAGAUGAUAUUUAUGUUCCUGCCCUGCACUGUACAGUCAAACAUGAGCUUUUAACCUUUUUUUAAAUAAAAUCUGAUUGUUUUU